AUGAGGCCGAUCGACUUACCGGCGCCUAAAUGUUUCGAAGUCGUGGGCGCCUCUCUCUCUCAUCUCACACAACGACUAGCAUACCGCGGCAUCAAGUCAUGGCGCCCUUCGCCACUCAAGCCCUCGACGCGGCGCGCACUCGAGUGCGCGCAGACAGCGAUCCAGGCCGCGACUGGCGCUCGCCCGACGGAAGGAGCACUCUGGGGCUUGCUGAAACGCGACCCCAUCUCACGGAAGGCGCGCGAUUUCAUCUGGAAGGCGUUGCACGGCGCGCACCGCGUAGGCGACUACUGGAAGAACAUCCCAGGCUACGAAACUCGCGCCGUCUGUGCGCAUUGCGACGUUGCGGACUCGCUCGAGCACAUACUUGUUGAGUGUGCAGCACCCGGGCGGGCGACCGCGUGGUACCUUGCUGACCUGCUUCUGAAGAACCGCGGCUUCUCUCUGCGAGGCCCCUCCUACGGCCUUGUCCUGGGCUGCCAAGCGCUUGAAAUCCUCAAUAACAAGGGAAACCUCGACUCUGGCGCGACGCGACUCGCGAAGAUCGUGGUGUCCGAAACCGCCUAUCUCAUCUGGACCCUGCGCUGCGAGCGUGUCAUCGGGUGGGCACUCGAACCGCGACGCACACACUCGGAACAAGAGAUCGAAAAUUGA